AUGAAACAAGAGCAACACAACCACCAAAAAAGACUCGUUUCUGUGGCCGUGAAACUAGCAAAACCCACUGCGUACUUUACCCUCCUCUUGCUAACCUACACCUCGGGUUACCUAUCCUCGCCUUCCGCCACCUCUCUCCCCUCCACCACAACCCCCACCAUUGACGAACUCACCAACCUGCCCUCCCAACUCGAUAACUUUCGAGUCACGUCUCACUGCGCCGACCCGCUCCCAUCCGAACUCGUCCGCCAAACUAUUCUCCACCGAGUCUACAACGGGACCUCUCCCUUCGAGGGGUUCCCCCCAGCGCACGUUAGCUCCCUCCUACGCCGCCAGAGGAUCAAUGGGUGGGGCUCAACCGGCGCCGUUUUCGACCACCUAAUCCAAAAAGUCAAUCCCCGCACCAUCAUUGAGGUGGGCACGUUUCUAGGCGCGUCGGCGAUUCACAUGGCCGGGUUGACUCGCGAACUCGGCCUCGACACCCAGAUCCUUUGCAUCGACGAUUUCCGCGGCUGGCCCGGGUUCAGGGACCGGUUCAAGGACAUUCAGAUGAUAAACGGCGAGGUCUUGUUGAUGUACCAGUUCAUGCAGAACUUGGUUUCCAAAAACGCGAGCGAGUCGAUUUUACCCGUUCCGUUUUCGAGCGGGUCGGCUCUCGACAAGUUUUGCGAGUGGGGCGUGUACGGUGAUUUGAUCGAAGUCGAUGCGGGUCAUGACUUUUUGUCGGCGUGGUCUGAUAUAAACCGGGCGUACCGGGUUUUAAGACCCGGUGGGGUAAUUUUUGGUCACGAUUAUUUUUCCUCAGCAGAUUACAGGGGAGUUCGGAGAGCAGUCAAUUUGUUUGCUCGAAUUCACGGCCUCAAAAUCAAACUGGAUGGCCAACAUUGGGUUAUCGAUUCAACUAAUUAG